AUGGCAGGGACCGUCCUGCUGGCCUACUACUUUGAGCUGACCGACACGUUCGGCAUCCACAUCCAGGGGUUCUUCUGCAACGAUGCUGACCUGAUGAAGCCAUACCCCGGGGUGGACGAGAGCAGCUUCAUCCCUCCCCUCAUCCUCUACUGUGUGGUCGCCGCUGCUCCCACCACCAUCGUGAGUACGAGGUUACUGACUGUCUCUCUGUCUGUCUCUCUUUCUGUGUCUCUCUUUCUGUCUGUCCCCCCCUCUCUCUCUCUCUGUACAUAAUCUCUCUCUCUCUCUCUCUCUCUCUCUCUCAGUACAUCUCUCUCUCGCUCUCUCAGUACAUCUCUCUCUCUUUCUCUCUCUCGCUCUCUCAGUACAUAAUCUCUCUCUUUCUCUCACUCUCUCUCUCUCAGUGCAUCAUUUCACUCUCAGUACAUCAUCUCUCUCUCAGUACAUCAUCUCUCUGAGAAUCUUCCUGUAUUUGAAUUUUUAAAAGGCUUCUAAAGUUCGUAAUUGCCACUUUUAAAAUGUCAGACUUUAUUAACCCUAUCGAAACAUUUAUUAACCCCUACAAACAUUUCCAUUAAUUAUAAUCCACUCAAUAAGUAGCCUAAUUUCUAUUGAAAUAGUAGUUUCUAGGUUUAAUUGUGACUGCUAGAUUCACUGGGCAAAACAGAUCGUUUUGAAGUCACUGAGACACUGAAGCACUGACCAGUGUGAUGUUUGUUUCAUUAGUUCAGAGAACAAACACUAGAUGGCACUGUUGCUACACCGUAGAUCUACUGCCUCCAUUUCUGGAGUUCUUACAUUUACAUUUGAGUCAUUUAGCAGACGCUCUUAUCCAGAGUGACUUACAGUGAGUGCAUUCAUCUUAAGAUAGCUAGGUGGAACAUCCACAUAUCACAGGCAUAGUAAGUUGACUUUCCCUCAAUAAAGUAGCUGUCAGGGAAAGUAGGGGGAGGGGGGGGGGACAUAAAGCUAUUUUCCAACACUGUCCUCUUUAUAGAAGCUACCACAUUGCCUCAGGACAGGAAGCUCCUAACACUGUCCUCUUUAUAGAAGCUACCACAUUGCCUCAGGACACGAAGCUCCUAACACUGUCCUCUUUAUAGAAGCUACCACAUUGCCUCAGGACAGGAAGCUCCUAACACUGUCCUCUUUAUAGAAGCUACCACAUUGCCUCAGGACACGAAGCUCCUAACACUGUCCUCUUUAUAGAAGCUACCACAUUGCCUCAGGACACGAAGCUCCUAACACUGUCCUCUUUAUAGAAGCUACCACAUUACCUCAGGACACGAAGCUCCUAACACUGUCCUCUUUAUAGAAGCUACCACAUUGCCUCAGGACAGGAAGCUCCUAACACUGUCCUCUUUAUAGAAGCUACCACAUUGCCUCAGGACAGGAAGCUCCUAACACUGUCCUCUUUAUAGAAGCUACCACAUUGCCUCAGGACAGGAAGCUCCUAACACUGUCCUCUUUAUAGAAGCUACCACAUUGCCUCAGGACAGGAAGCUCCUAACACUGUCCUCUUUAUAGAAGCUACCACAUUGCCUCAGGACAGGAAGCUCCUAACACUGUCCUUGGACAGAAAAAGCUCUUUCCACAACAUUCAAAUACCGAAAAAUGUACUUCUUGAAAAUUGAUUUAGAAUGUAUAUAGACUGUUGGUUUGUCAUGGAUGGAAAACUACUCAGAUACACUGUAUUAACAAAUAAAAUGUGUAUCUGUGUUUAUGAAUGUGUUGUGUCUGUGUGUGCUAGAGCUAGGGGUUAUAGUGUUGAGGCUAGGGGUUGAGGCUAGGGGUUAUAGUGUUAAGGCUAGGGGUUGAGGCUAGGGGUUAUAGUGUUGAGGCUAGGGGUUAUAGUGUUAAGGCUAGGGGUUGAGGCUAGGGGUUAUAGUGUUAAGGCUAGGGGUUAUAGUGUUGAGGCUAGGGGUUGAGGCUAGGGGUUGAGGCUAGGGGUUGAGGCUAGGGGUUAUAGUGUUGAGGCUAGGGGUUAUAGUGUUGAGGCUAGGGGUUAUAGUGUUGAGGCUAGGGGUUGAGGCUAGGGGUUGAGGCUAGGGGUUAUAGUGUUGAGGCUAGGGGUUAUAGUGUUGAGGCUAGCGGUUGAGGCUAGGGGUUAAAUCUAUAAAUGGUCACUUUAAUAAUGUUUCCAUAUCUUGCAUUACUCAUCUCAUAUGUAUAUACUUUAUUCUAUUCUAUAAUAUUCUACUUUAUCUUAGUCCAUGCCGCUCUGAUAUUGCUCCUCCAUAUAUUUAUUUAUAUAUUCUUAAUUCCAUUCCUUACUAUAUUUGUGUGUAUUGGGUAUAUGUUGUGAAAUUGUUAGAUAUUACUUGUUAGAUAUUACUGCACUGUCAGAGCUAGAAGCACAAGCAUUUCGCUACACCCACAAUAACAUCUGCUAAACACGUGAAUGUGACCAAUACAAUGUGAUUUGAUUUGUUAGGCUUAGGUGUUACGGCUGGGGUUAAGGUUAAGUUGGAUAACUCUGUGGUCUGACUGUGUCUGUCUGUUCUCAGAUAUUCAUUGAGGAGGUAUCCAUGUAAAUCAUUAGUCUACUGGGUUCAGGGUUGCACUGUGGACCUGUUAUUGUGCUGCGUAUCUGUGUUAACAUUGCCAUGUCAGGGUUGGGUGUCAGGGCUGGGUGUCAGGGCUGGGUGUCAGGGCUGGGUGUUAGGGCUGGGUGUCAGGGCUGGGUGUUAGGGCUGGGUGUUAGGGCUGGGUGUUAGGUGUUAGGGCUGGGUGUUAGGGCUGGGUGUUAGGUGUUAGGGCUGGGUGUUAGGGCUGGGUGUUAGGGCUGGGUGUUAGGGCUGGGUGUCAGGGCUGGGUGAUAGGGCUGGGUGUUAGGGCUGGGUGGUGUCAGGGCUGGGUGUCAGGGCUAGGUGUCAGGGGUAAUUCGUUGGGUCAUGGACUCUACAAGGUGUCGAAAGCGUUCCACAGGGAUGCUGCCCCAUGUUGACUCCAAUGCUUACCACCAUUGUGUCAAGUUGACUGGAUGUCCUUUGGGUGGUGGACCAUUCUCGAUACACACGGGAAACUGUUGAGCGUGUUAAAACCCAGCAGCGUUGCAGUUCUUGACACAAACCGCUGCGCCUGGCACCUACUACCAUACCUUGUUGGCACUUAAGUAUUUUGUCUUGCCCAUUCACCCUCUCAAUUAUAUCAAGGCUUAAAAAUCCUUCUUUAACCUGUCUCCUCCCCUUCAUCUACACUGAUUGAAGUGGAUUUAACAGGUGACAUCAAUAAGGGAUCAUAGCUUUCACCUGGAUUCACCUGAUCUAUUUACAUUUAAGUCAUUUAGUAGACGCUCUUAUCCAGAGCGACUUACAAAUAUCUUUGACUGGGCUGAGCGGGAACUGUGCUUCCGUAGAGGUAGGGGAGCUAGCAGGCCAGAGGUGGAUGAACGUAGUGCCCUCGUUUGGGUCUAUGUCAUGGAAAGAGCAGGUGUUAAUGUUUUGUACUCUCAGUGUAACUGUGUCGUCACACUGUGUCUCUCUGUCGUCAGAUCUUCAUCGGAGAGGUAUCCAUGUACACCAUGAAGUCCACACGGGCGGUGCUACUAACCCAGGAGAAGACCAUGGUGACGGGGGAAUGCUGUUACCUGAACCCCCUUAUCCGGAGAAUCAUCAGGUUUAUCGGUGAGUUAUUGGUGACCUACUGGUCUUGUCAGUGGUGGUUGUGUUACUUGUAUAUUAGACGUUGAACAUAGUUACAUGUUGAGGAGCCAACUCUUAGCAAACUAUUGUAUUGUAUUUGUACACUUUUUUUUAGUAAUUUAGCAGACGCUCUUAUCCAGAGUGAUUUACAGGAGCAAUUAGGGUUAAGUGCCUUGCUCAAGGGCACAUUUUAACAGAUUUUUCACCUAGUCGGCUCUGAGAUUCGAACCAGCAACCUUUCAGUUACUGAUUUCAUACAAACAUCUGCUGCAGGUAAACAUGCAAUGGGACCCAUUCGGUUAGUAUGAUAGAAGCUGUAGUUAUAAGAGGAUUUUGGAGCUCUCCAACAUGGAAAUAGCACCUUUCUUGAGUUUCUUCACUGUUUCUAUUGACAUUCAUCCAGUCUCUAUAAUAGAACGUCUGUGUUACCGUGCUCAAUGACACAAUGUUACACUACGUCUGUGUUACAGUGCAUCCCAAAAUGGCACCGUAUUCCCUACAUAGUACACUACUUUUGAUCAGCACACAUAUGGCUCUGGUCAAAAGUAGUGCACUAUAUAGGGAAUAUGGUUGCAUUUGGGACGUUCUCAGCCUCUCCCUUCAGAACACAGGACCCCUUAGACAGAGCGGCACAGCCAGGCAGAGAAUUACAAGAUAAAUAGCAGAUAAUAAAGUCAUAUUUCAGGAACAUUGGAAAUGAAGCAUCUAGUUUCAUGUGAGGCAGUCAUCCGUAUGAACACCACUGCUUACCAUGCAUGAGGCAGUCAUACGUAUAAACACCACUGCUUACCAUGCAUGAGGCAGUCAUCCGUAUAAACACCACUGCUUACCAUGCAUGAGGCAGUCAUCCGUAUAAACACCACUGCUUACCAUGCAUGAGGCAGUCAUCCGUAUGAACACCACUGCUUACCAUGCAUGAGGCAGUCAUCCGUAUGAACACCACUGCUUACCAUGCAUGAGGCAGUCAUCCGUAUAAACACCACUGCUUACCAUGCAUGAGGCAGUCAUCCGUAUGAACACCACUGCUUACCAUGCAUGUCAGGAGCCAAAGCACUCAUUAUAUAAUUCAUUACUUCAAGGGAUGUGUUCCAAAUGCCAACCUAUUCUCUAUAUAGUGCACUACUUUUGACCAGAUCCCUGUGGGUCUCUCUAUGAUCCCUGGUCAAAAGUAGUGCACUAUAAAGGGGAAAGGGUGCCAUUUGGGCCGUAGGGCACUCCUCAAUUACAGUUUUAAUUGUUUCUGGUGGCUAAUGGUAAUAUAAUUCCUCAUCUGUAAACAUUGACUUCAUCAGGGACCCAGUGGAAUUACAGAUUGGAGCUAAACCCCCUGUCUCUGUCUCUGUCUCUGUCUCUGUCUCUGUCUCUGUCUCUCUCUCUCUCUCUCUCUCUCUCUGUCCUCUCGUCUCUCUGUCCCUCUCUGUCUCUGUCUCUGUCCUCUGUCCUCUCUCUACCUCUCUCUUCUCUCUCUCUCUCUCUCUCUGUCCUCUGGUCUCUCCUUUUUUCUCUCUCUCUCUUUUUCUCUUUUGUUCUCUGUCCUUUGUCUCUCUGUCUCUCUCCUCUUCUCUGUUUCUUCUGUUUGUCUCUUCCCUGUCUUUCUCCCGUUUUCUUUUCCCGUUCUCUCUCUUUCCUCCCUCUCUCUUUCUUCUCUCUGUCUCGCCCUCUCUCUUCCUUUUUCUCUUCUGUUGUCUCCUCUCUCUCCUCUCUCUCUGUCUCUCCUUUUUUUGUCUUCUGUCCUUCCCCUGUCUCUCUUUCUCUCCUCCCCUCUCUCUUCUCUGUUUGUCUCUUCUUGUUGUUGUCCUCUCCCCUCGCUUCUCUUCUCUCUCUGUCUCGUUCCCCCCUCUCUUUCUUGUAUCUCUCUUGUCUCCUCUUUUGUCCUCUCUCUCUCGUCCUUGUCCGCUCUUCUUCCCUCUCUUUCUCUUGUCUCUCUGUCUCGCUCUUCUCCUUUCUCUCUUGUUUUUGUCUUGUCUUGUCUUCUUCGUUUUCCUCCUUCUGUCUCCUUCUCGUUCUUCUCUCUCUGUUCCCCGUCCCUCUUCUCUCUCUGUCUCCCUCUUGCUCUUCGCUUUCUCUUUGUGUUUUCUCUCUCUCUCUCUCCUUUUUGUGUCUCUCUCUUUUUUUCUUCUUUUUUUGUUGGUCUUUUCUUCCUCUUUUGUCUUCUCUUUCCUUCCUUCUCUUUUUCUUCUUUUCUCCUCUUUUUUCUUCUCUUUGUUUUUCUCUCUGUUUUUUUCCCCUGUCUUCUCUCUGCUCUUCUCUGCUCUUGUAUCUCUAUCUCGUCUUCUCUAUUUCCUCUCUCUCUGUCUCUCUCUCUGGUCUCUCUUCUGUCUCUCUCUGUCUCGUCUCUGGGUUUCUCUCUCUCUCUCUCUCUCUCGAUGUCCUCUGUCUCUCUGUCUCUGUCUCUCGCUGUCUCUCUCUGUUGUCUCUCUCUCCCUCCCUCCAGGUGUGUUUGCGUUCGGUCUGUUUGCAACAGACAUCUUUGUAAAUGCGGGCCAGGUGGUGACGGGGAACCUGGCGCCGUACUUCCUGUCUGUGUGUAAGCCCAACUACACGGGCACUGAGUGUCGCUUCAACCACCAGUUCAUCUCCAACGGUAACAUCUGUACUGGCAGCCCGGUCGUCGUGGAGAAGGCUCGACGCACCUUCCCUUCCAAAGACGCCUCGCUCAGCGUCUACUCAGCUGUCUAUGUCACGGUAAGGGUUAUGAUAAUCAGAAUGAGUAUUAACGUCAGCAGUAUUAGUAGUAUUGACUGUAGUCAUUGUUACAUGGCUCUCUGUGUGUACUCAGCUGUCUACGUCAAUGUGAGUACUGCUGGAACUGGCCCAACUUGGUGAGACAUUGAUGAGAAAUGUUUAGCUUUAGUAUUAUUGACUAUGAUAUGAUGUUGAUGAGACGUUUUUAGCUUUAGUAUUAUUGACUAUGAUAUGAUGUUGAUGAGACGUUUUUAGCUUUAGUAUUAUUGACUAUGAUAUGAUGAUGAGAAUGGUAAUGAUGACGUAUCAGCAGUUUGUACAAUUGAGGCCAUCACCUGAUCUACUACUCUGUACUGGUUCGAGGAAGUUGAUGUUUAGCUCUUCAAAAGCCAAUUCUAUAACAUCCUCUCCAGGGCAGACACCAUAGAGACAGUUCCCCCUUUCACCGUGUCUCUCCCUGUUCCAGAUGUACAUCACUAGCACCAUAAAGACCAUGAGUAGCCGCCUGGCCAAACCGGUGCUGUGCCUGGGUACCCUGUGUACAGCCUUCCUCACCGGGCUCAACCGGGUCUCGGAGUACCGGAACCACUGUUCUGACGUCAUCGCUGGGUUCAUCCUUGGUAGCUCUAUCGCUCUCUUCCUGGUGAGGACUAACGGCCGUUUACCUGCUUGGUUGUUCAUUUUGAUCUCUUUUAGCACACAAUGGGGGCUGAUCUUCCUGAUGAGGAUGUCUAAUAUUCUUGUUGGUCAGCAGCUAAAGGGUUCUCACAGGCAAUGUUCCCUCUAAGCUGAGCACCCUCCCCUCCCCUGCCACGCAGAUGAAAUAUCAGCCCGCGCAGAGAAGCACGAGAUGUGAACUUUUUAACUUUCUAGAGUUUUCCCCUUUUAGUUAAUUAACACUAUCAACGUUUGGCUCUGCUGUGGGAAUUGUGAUCUAAUCAAUAUGCAAUAUUAGCCACUUUCAAUGUAAUAUACCAAAACAAAAUGAACUAUGCAAGACUUAGUAUGCAAAACUAACUGCAAGAGAUGUUGUUGUAGGCAGAAUGCAUCAGAGUAGGAUUCUAUUGUAUUGACAGUAUUGUAUUGUAUUGACUCAGACCAUACCCUACACAGACCGGUGCACCAUAUCCAAUCAGAGCUGCAUUUCCUCCAUUGUUUUUGAUGGUAGGCCACUCUGGUAGGCCUACAUUAUGAUCAAAUAGCCACAGUAGCCUACUUGGCCACUGUUAAAACUGUAACUUAAAGCGGGUACAGCCUCAGUGUUCACAGUAAACGCGCACCGGAAGUUGAACAGAAUUUUCACAAUGUUCAAGUUUGGCAUCAGCAGACCUGAGAUUUGCUCAGUGCCUAAAUAAAUGACAUUUUUGAGGGAACAUUGCCCACGGGUCAAUUUUAUAAAUGGAUCAAAUGUAUUAAUUGGCCAGUGUGCGCUUGGCUCUUGUCUUGGAUAUUCUUUGCUGUAGUCAUGAAAAUGGGAUCAUGGUAUUUGUAAUGUGUGUAAGAGUGGGAACCCUAAUACUGUUCACCCUUUGCUCUGGGAAGGUGUCAUGUCAGGGAAUGUUUGAGUGACAUUCUGUCUCCUGUGUCCUUCAGGGUAUCUGUGUGGUGAACAACUUUAAAGGAGCUCACUCCACCCCCACCAAACAGAAGAAUGAAGAUUACCGUGGUCUCCCCCUAAUGACCUUCCCCCGUGUCCAGAGCCCCCUGGAGACACUCAGCGCACAG